UCCGCUGCCCAAGCAUUAUUCCUGAGUUCUGUGGGUGACCUCACAAUGCCCAGUGUGGCACCCAGACUCUGCCUGUAGUUGGUCCACCAUGUGGGCCUCCCUAUGUCUCGUUAGCGUUUCUUUCCCGGUUCUGUGGGCCCAGACGUUAAUCAGCUGCUCCUACAAGAGUCUGUGCCAGCAGGCACUGCUCUCGGGCAAUGAUAUUGUCCUGCAUUGUGACCAUAAGGAGGCACUCUGGUAUUUUUCUUCCAUUCUUGGGGAGAAUAUCUUCUUGCUUAACUCAUGGCCUAAUAUAAAGACACUGCCUGGGGGCAGCCUGCAAUUGACCAAGCCUCAGCCCUCGCAGGCAGGCCUCUUUCGCUGUGAGGACAGUACCAACGCCCUCCUAGUAGAAUAUGAGAUUGAUUUCCAGGAUGCCACCACCCUGCAUAUCACACACAAAGACCUGGGCCAAAAGCCCCUGCAGAAUGAAACUCUGAACCUAGGUGGCCAGGUACUUAUUUUCACCCACUGGGAGCCCUGGCAGGACUGUAACCGCUGUGGGGAGCCAGGCGAACGCAAGCGCCUGGGGUACUGCUAUGUUGAGGAGCCCCCGGAAAAACCCAUGCCCUGCUGGCUCUACCUGAGGGACGAGGAGGUGCAAUACAGCCGCUUGCGGCCCGAGAUGCAGGUGGAAAGAUGCCUUGUUCCCUGUGACCCCGGCAAGGAAAUCAAACAGCCAUUCUUCAUCUAUGACAUUUACCAGCUGGGCAAGUUGACCAACCCCAUGUGGCUCACCUGCCCUUUGGCUUCCAUCUACAGGCCCAUCAUGUGGGAAGUCAACGGCAUCCCCCUGACUUGGCGGGGCCAGCUGGUCGGCCAGGGCAUGAACACCGUCCUGGACACCUCCACCGGCGGCAGGCAGCUGCAGAUCUUCCAGCCGGCCACAUACAAGUGCUACGUCCACCAGGAGUUCAUGGCCCAGUUCAGCCCCGUGAUGGGUCCCGAGGCCUUGGAGGAGCAGAACAAGAAGGAGGAGCAGCAGUGGCAGGUGGGCAAGGUCCUGGUGCCGCCCAAGGAGGCCGACUCGGUUCUCAAGGGGCUGAAGCUGAUGCUGCUCAUGGUCUUCGUCCUGGCCCUGGCCGGGCUACUCUUCAGGGUCUUCCGUCCUGCCUGGGACAAGAGGAAGAACUCCGUCCUGCUGGUGAAAUAAAGCGAGCCUGCUUGCCCAAGGGGA